AAAGCAUCGGGAGCAUGGGUGGACGAACUUACUUCGGUGCUAUGGGCGUACAGAACAACUCCCCGAUCGACCACUGGGAAACACCGUUUAGUAUGGUAUACGGCAUGGAGGCUUUGUUACCGAUAGAGGUCGAGGUUCAAUCCCAAAGAUCGAGCAUGUAUGAUCGAGAACAGAAUGAACAGCUGAUGAUGGCAGCGCUCGACACAAUCGAAGAGCUUCGAGGAAAGGCAGCAAUCAGAGUCGAGGCGUACAAACAAAGGAUGCGAGCAGCGCAUGAUAAAAAAGUGAAAACACGAAGAUUCCACGUGGGUGACUUGGUGUGGAAGAGAGUCGAUGUGCUGAAACACGUUGGGAAAUUAGAGCCAAACUGGGAAGGACCAUACCUGGUCGAAAAGGUCCAUGCUGGAGGGGCAUACUCUUUAAAGGAUGCUGAAGGAAGAUCCCUAGCCAGGUCAUGGAAU